UCUUCUCAUAUGCAUUCUUCGAAACUUGGUUCAGGUCGUCUGCUGUUCCUUUUUAAAAUCAUUGUGAACUUAUUUAAUUCACCAAAAUGGUUCACCUGAGUGCAGCAAGACUGAUACGAUCUAGAGGAACUUCUUCAUAUUGGAAAAGAAAGUUUGUUUUUGAUCAGACACAACACUUCUUUGGUAGAAGACGCAAUUGCUACAGCAUUGCUAUUCGUGCUCUCCAAAAAGCAUGGGUUAAAGCAUAUUCUGGAAGAAGACACAAAAAGAGACUACUGAGAAAACUUUGGAUUGGCAGAAUCAACUCGGCUGUAAAAGAGCAUGACAUUACCUAUAGCCCAUUCAUGGAAAACCUUCUCAAGUACAACAUACAACUCGACAGGAAAAUCCUGUCGAUCCUUGCAAUUACAGAACCAAAGACAUUCAAGUGUCUCGCUGAGUUGGCCAAGGCCAAACGAGAAGAGGGUCUUCUUGCUGCAGUCAGAGCCAACCCAGACAGAGUAUUGAGUAGACAAACAACCCAAGACGACCUCCUCGAAUCAGUGAAGAAAUUACGCAUCAGCGAUCAACAGUCCACACAAACAUUGAGAUGAUAAAACUGAAAAGAUGCAACUGAUCACACUAAAUGAUUUAUGCAUCAUCAUAUCCGACCGUCAAAUUAUAAAGAGCAAGGCGUAUUUUGAAAUUUCCCUGGUGGAGGUCACCUGAUUGAAGAAAAUAAAGAUGUGUUUUGUCUAGGACAUUUCAAGGGGCACCACAAGAAUGGCAAGUAUCUAUGACAUUGAGGAAUGUGCCCCAUCCUUCUUUGAAGAUUCAGGCCUGCAACAUCAUACUUCAAAAAAAGUUGUUGAAUCUCCUUGCCUGCCCUGAGCAUAGAGAAAAAUAGAGCAUCUCUGUUCUAGAUGAUGGAUCUGUUUACAUCAGUAGGCUGUGAACUUGAUAUUUUUGUUGUUGCUUUUGGUAGGAGAGUGCCUAUAAAUUUCUCCACACUAUGUACUGUGUAGAUGCAUACACUAUGUGACAUCUUGUUGCAGACUGGCAUAGUUUAUCUAAGUAAAACUUGAAGUUAUGAAUGGUGGUUGGGAAAAGAAAAUUGGGGGUAAGUUUGCCAUUACAAACCAGCUCUUUUCUCAACAAAGCCACCACUAUCCAUCGUUCCAAAUUUUGAUGACGGAAUUUCCAACGGGAAUGGUCUGCCUGACCAACUUGCUGGAGGCUUCACUAGAGGAAAAGGCCAUGAACAAAGGUGUCUUUGUUUUGAUAUAAAAAAUAUCUUGUUUGUCAAACUCUUUUCUUUGACAUAUUAAUUCACUUGAAAUUGAUCUCUACCUGCUGCCAGCUCUCUUUUAUCACCUUUUUCCGAAGCUCAUUUAUUUUGUCACUGUAAACAAAAGAAUUCUGUUGAUUUUCUUGCAUUUAAAAAGGGUGUGUUUAUCCGUGGAGGAGAUCCACGCUUUAUCUGGAUAUUCAUUAAAAUAUUAAAUUAUAACAA